CUUUAUUUGAAAUACCUCUUUCCUACCCUUUUUUUACCCUCGCUUUUUAUAAACUUCUUCAAGGGGAUUUGGCGCCCUCCGAUUUUUGAUUCCUGCUCGCGAUGGCUGAAAAAUCAAGUUUUUCGGCUACCACGAGUGUCCAACCUAGUGUUCUCACAAAGUUUGGCGCUAAGCACGUUUCUUACGCGCAUACCGUUUGUGCCUAUAGUGCAUUUCUUCUCGCGUUAGCCGUUGGCUGUUAUACACAUUACUACAAGAUCGUCCGCAAUGAACACUUCGGAUACCCGAUUGAGUGGUUUCCUAGUGUCAGUGCAACCACUGGCGACCGUUACCCUGCGCGUGCCAUUUUCCAAAUUCUGAUAGCCUUGACGUCAGGACCUCGUUUUGCACUUGUUGUUCUGUGGUACCUAUACACGACACGAUCGAGCUACUCCAGCUCGCGUGGGUUUGGCAAGUUCUUGCUUAUUGUCGGCAUUCUUCGGACGGUUUCCUGCGGCGGUUGGGUUUACAUUACCUCUACGGAUGACCAUCUUACCCAUGAUAUUACAAUGAUUACAUACCUUGUCUGCACUCUGCCGUGGCAACUCGGAGUGAUCUAUACUAGUGCACGCAACAAUCCUCAGGCGCUCAAGUGGCGACGUAUCUUGACGGCGGCAUUCUUCACUACCUUGCCACCCAUGAUUUAUUACUUUUUGCAGCACAAGGUUCAAAAAGUGCCCGGUGCCUAUACGACAUAUGCCUUCUUUGAGUGGUCGUUGAUCUUGUACGAUGUCGCAUUUGAUGCUGUGACCGCACUUGACUUCCAGACCUUUGAAUUGGCCGUCGUUGAUGUCUCAGGUGGCCAUGCCGGUGCAGUCCCAGUGACUAAGGAAGGUUCGUCCAAGAUUGGAAGCCCUGAAGAUAGCAUUUCGCCAUCAUUCUUGCGUAGCCUGGUCAAUUUGCGAGGAUAUGUCUCUGAAGUGUAUUUGGCUUUUGUGUUCUGGUCCAUGUUGACAUCUUUGGCACUUUUAAUUUGGUACUUUCCAUUGUGGCACAUGGGUAUAUCCGGUUACGAAGCAUUCCUUUUGAUUACGAUCUCACCAAUGGUUUUGGGCAUUCGUCCAUUGCGCCGCGUGAUGGCCAAAUAUCGUGGCGUGUUCCAUAUCUUGUCAUUGGUCGGUCUCGCCUCAUACCUUCAGCAAGACCCUGCCUUGCGUCUGACGAUGACAGCGUGCGGUUUGGGAUUGAGUGUAACCACCUGGAUGGCCACAUGGUUCGAAGCACGCGCACACGUUGGCAGCUUGGAACGCUCUAUCCUGAUUUGGGGUGUUGGUUUGCUGAUGCACAACGUCGUCAAGAUGGCCUGGUGGACCGAGAACCCUAUCUGGCCAAUUAUGCACGCUGCCAACGGUGGAUGGAAUGAAAUCGGUAUUGUCCUUGCUUUUGUUGCGUCCAUUGAAGUCAUUAUUCGCGACGUAACUUCACCAACUGCACCUGAACACGACUUAUCCGAAUCGACCAGCUCUUCGCCUAUUUCUCCUGGCGCCAAUGGUAGCGGCAACAGCAGCUGGUUGAUGGCUGCUUCCGGCUUUGGCGCGGUCUUGUUUGCCCUUCAUUCGAUGUACACUGAUUCCUCAGCAAUCAUGCGAUACACCGUUGAUGGUUAUCCCAACUACGGUCCAGAACCUAUACCAUGGGGUGUUGCCACCAUUACAGCACUUACUGGCGGUCUUUUGGUAUCUUCUUCGCGCCGCUUAACGACGAGUCCAGCCUAUUACGUUGUGGGAUGUCUUGCAUGCGCAGCAUUCUACUGCUUUUCUGCCUGGAAGGCCUAUUAUGCCGGUCUCGUUCUCGGCUUUUACCUGAUGUCGGUCAUGCCUGCAUUGGCACGCGCUAUUACCACUCACCCGCCAUUCAAAACCCUAUUCACAGCAUUCAUGGUAUACAACUUGCUCUGUUUGGCCCAUGUGUGGGUCGUUGCUUACGCCUUUGUGCCCGCAGGUGUUUACUUGCGUGAGCGUAUCCACUGGGUCCUUGGUGCAGUGAUGUUCCUUAUUGGAUGCGGCGUAGUCAAUGCACGCAAGCAGGCAACAUGGGAUGUGCAAUUCAAAAAGAUGGUGCAGCUGCAUAUUGUUAAAUCUGCGCGUUCAUUGACACGUGUUGCGUCAUUGUUUGUCGUUGUUGCCUCGGUGCUGGUUGCUGCCAAUCGUUCGUUCUCGGCCGUCACUCCAGCGCCCUACCAUCCUGCCGAAAAAUCAUUCAAUGCUGCCAUCUGGACCAUUCACUUUGCUCUCGAUGAUGAUAUGUGGGCCAGUGAAAUGCGUAUGCGCGACGUCAUUCAGGAACUGGAGUUGGAUGUUGUUGGUCUCCUUGAAUCGGACACAAUGCGUAUCAUCAUGGGUAACCGCGACUGGGCACAGUUCCUGGCGGAAGAUCUGGGCUACUACGUUGACUAUGGACCGUCCACUAUGAAGCAUACCUGGGGCUGCUUGAUGCUGUCCAAAUUCCCUAUUCUCAAAUCAGAACACCACUUGCUGCCAUCGCCUGUCGGUGAGUUGGCCUGUGCCAUCCACGCAACCCUGGAUGUGUAUGGUCAGCCUGUAGAUUUUAUUGUUAGCCACAAUGGUCAGGAAGAAGACCCCGAGGACAGACGCCUGCAGACUACUGAGCUUGCACGCGUCAUGCGCACGAGUCCGAAUCCAUUUGUGUUUUUGGGCUACGUCGUUACCAAGCCCAAGCAACCGCUCUACUACACGCUGUUUGAUGACGGCGACAUGAAUGAUAUUGACCCGACGGAUUGGGACCGUUGGUGCCAGUACAUUGGCUAUCGUGGUUUGCGACGUGUUGGCUAUGCCAGAGUCAGCCACGGCAAGAUCACAGAUACUGAAAUCCAGACGGGCAAGUUCCAGGUUGUGGAGACUCCUCGCGAUUACUGGAAGGCGUCGUACGAUCGAGUGGACGAGUCGCAAGUACCAGCAGGACUGCGGUAUCCGACCAUGUUCCGUGGACGGGGCGUGCGUGGACAUCGCUACCAUGUCUUUAACGAGCCUCGCUACUUUAUCCACUAGUAGUCUCGAGUUGAUAUCUUGUGUCCUCCCUCUGAGUCUCACUUGUCAUGCAGUGGGAUUUUGUCUUUUUUCGUCAAUUGUUGUUGUUAUUAUUAUUAAUAUUAAUACUUUUACUAGGUUUUUUUCCUUCUUUUUCUGUAAAACUUAAAAAAAAAUGCAUGGCCCAUUUUUUAUCAAAAGGCCGAUACUACAGUACUAUUAUAAGCUCUGUGUUCCCUUCUCCUUUCUCCCCACAACUCUCUCACACCCCCAAAUCGUCGUCGUGAGGGCGCCGCAUGACCGGUUUUUUUCCCUCUUCAUAAACUGUUUUGAGUUGAGC